AUGAAAAAAGAAGAAAUUUGUGAUAUAAAAAUAGAAAGUGUUUCCGACAGCAAUACAAUAAAAAAUAGCAAUUAUGAGAUUGAUAAUAAUCUUAAUUUUGAUACAAAAGUCUUAUCAGAAGAUAAACAAUUAGGAAAAAAUGAUGUAGAUUUUAUUCAACCAAAAAAAUAUGAAAAUUCUCAAUUGACACCAAAGAAAAAAAGAAAAUUAGAAGAAGAAUCUGAUUUUAAAACACCGGAAAAAAAAAUUAACAUUGCUAAUAAAAACAGUGAAACAAAUUGUGAGAAAACGGAAAUUUCAGGAAACAAUAUUCAAUUGUCACCAUCUCGAGUUGAACAAAAGAACAAUGAUAGUGAAAAAAAAGACAAAACACCUCCUAAAAAAUCUAUUUUAGAGGGGAAAAAAGAUGAAAAUAAAAGUGAUGGUUUUUUCAAUGAUGAAGGAAUGAUAUCAGAAAUUGAACAAGCUAGACUUUUAAUGGCUGCAAAUGAAAAUUAUUUUAAAAGUUUGGAAAAAACUCCCGUCAAACAGAAAACCUGUCAAAAUUAUCAAAGUCCACAAAAUUCAUUAAAAAACUCACCAAGAACACCUGGAACACCUGGAAGAUAUAAAAGAGCAGAAUUAAUUACCUUAGCUAGCCCUAAAGCAAAAAAACUUAAAACAGAUUUUAAUUAA